AUGUCCGAAGCUUUAAAGCCGUUGACCAGCUUUAAGAACACUGGUCAUCAGUCGCCUCUUCGGUUUCCCUUCUUCAGCUACGUGAAGUUCCACAGAUUUCGCCCAAGCAAGAAACUUCCAGCAAUGAAGAUCUUUGUGUGUUUGUUCGCCGCACUUGUUGCCACCAGCUCCGCAGGCAUCAUUGGUGGUGGUGGUGGUGGUGGCGGCGGCGGUGGUGGAGGUUACAGUUAUGGCAUCGGCAGCGACGGCGGCGGCGGUGGUGGUCAUGGCCAUGGACAUACUGAGGUGCGCACCGUCAAGGUCAUUCACGAAGGCAGCUAUGGUGGUCAUGGCGGUGGUCAUGGCGGCGGUUAUGGCGGCGGUUAUGGCGGCGGUUAUGGCGGUGGUCAUGGUCAUGGCGGUCACGAGGUGAAGACCAUCAAAGUUGUUCACCAGGAAGCACCAGCUUAUCAUGGCCAUGGUGGCCAUCAUCAGGAGGUGAAAACCAUUAAAGUCAUCCACCAGGAAGCGCCAGCUGUUCAUCACAGCUUUGGUGGUCACCAGGAGGUCAAGACUGUGAAGGUUAUUCAUCAGGAUGGCGGCUAUGCUUUGGGCGGCGGCGGUUACACCGGCGGAUUCUCUCAUGGUGGUGGACACGAUAUUGGCCAUGCCCACCAAGAGGUCAAGACCGUUAAAGUUAUUCACGAGGAGGCACCAGUUGCUCAUCACAGCUUCGGCGGUCACCAGGAGGUCAAGACUGUGAAAGUCAUUCACGAGGAUGGCGGCUAUGCUCUGGGCGGCGGUGGUGGCUACACUGGUGGCUUCUCCCACGGCGGUGGCGACAUUGGCUACGGUGGCGGUCAUGCCCACCAAGAAGUGAAAACCGUUAAGGUUAUUCAUGAGGAGGCUCCAGCGGCUCAUCAUGACUUCUCGCACGGAGGCGGCCACCAGGAGGUUAAGACUGUCAAGGUUAUUCAUGAGAAUGGCGGCUAUGCUUUGGGCGUCGCCCCAGCGCCCGUUGCCGCCCACAACGAGUACCUGCCCCCAGCUGUCUCAGCUCCCCAGCCCGGUUACCUGCCCCCCGUCGGUGGCUGGAAGUAA